CAGUAGUAUUUAUGACUUACACGAGCAUGUGCCUCCACUUGAUCAUUCCAACCUCUCUACAAUUCAAAGUGUGUUUGAUUAUCGUUGUUUGGUGUCCGGAGGCGACAGGGUGUAUAUUAUGGGAGUGGGACGGUCACACGUCUUUAAAUGUGAUGGCAAAUUCAAUAAUAAAUGGACCAAGUUUGAGAAUUGCAACCUGAAAUUACCGGGGGAUACGUUAUUCGAAGCAGAGGUGGUGCAGGAACUUAAAGGAGAGGGCUCUGGUCAGAGACGUAUUACAGCUAUACAUAUCAUUGACUGCAUGUGGCUAGCUGGUCAGGACGUUAGACAAAAACACUUUACAGAAAGAAUUGGGAAAGCUGAGUUGUUUGUUCGCAGCAUAUCCAGGCCGAGCCGGCAAGAUCUCACUCCCAUCCGAGUGAAAGAAGUAUUCCGACUUGAGCAAGCAGAAAAGAUAUUUGAAAGGCUAGAGAUGCGGGCAGUGAAGGGUUCGCGAAAGCCAAGGCUGUGUUUUCGCUCCAACCAGAACAGUCAUUUUUUACCCUGUGGACUUCACUUUGUUAAAAUUACAAAUGAACCUUGGACUAUGAAUUUUAGCCGGUCACAAAAACGAAAGUAUUUCUUCAACUUGGUUACAAACGAGUCAUUGUUUGAAUGCCCGUCAGAUUCAAUAGCAUCGUUUAGAGAUUGCCACAAAACAAGACUGUUAUGGAAAUGGGAGGAUGGAGUAGUCGUACAUGAUGUCCAGAGCAAUAGGGACGAACACAAGCUAUCUAAGGAUGACAUAUUAAACUUUGUGCAACGGAAAAUACCAAGAUGAAACUACGUAAACUAUCAAUGGGCUUAAAAAUUAGUCAGAGGGCAUAAAAUUUGGUUGGAGUUCUUAAGUGAAUUUUCGAUUUGAAACUGAGGGCUGUGUGCAAACUCUGACAUUUCCAGUGUGCUCGCAAAAACCUUCAUGCACUGCUUUUUCACCGCUUUAUGCUCAGCUUUUAACAUCAUUAUUUUUAGUAAUGAUAGGCAUUGAGCCGUAACAGCAAUGGGUUUCUAGCCAAAGAUAGUAAGCGGGACACACACAUUUAUUGUUUUUAAUGUAUUUUCGCGAGCUGCAAGAAAGUUGCCAUCAGGUCUUAUGUUGCCUGCAAGCCACAUGUUGCCCUCUUGACAUAAGCUCUUUGUUUUAAUUGUAUUAUUACCUUUGCUUUCAUGCAGAUAACUUUAUGGAAUAUCAUUUUAAAUGAUAGAAGUUUUUAUGAUUCAAAUCAGUUCAGUAUCGGUAUUUAUAUUUACAUUAUCUCAUGUAAUGAUGAAUGAUUGUAAUAAAAAUAAUUAGAAUAAUUAUGGUAAUGGAUUGGUGGGUGGGGGUGGUGCUAGGCUUCCCUGACGGGAGGGUGUGUGAACCCAUUGUCGGGGGCUUGGACUCCCUUGUCAGGGAGCUUAACCCUUCGUCGAAGAAUUCCUGGCGCCGCCUCUGCAAUCAAUAUGUUGUGUAUUGUUGAGGGAUUAUAACUAACAAUCAAUCACUCAAUCAAUAAGCCAAUUCGUAGUUUGAACUGUACAUGCUCGUAUCUAGGGGUGGAUUUGGGGUCAAAUUUCCUGGGGAGGGGGAGUCAGGAUUAUGAGGGCCGGAAAUGAGACUUUUAUAUUAAAUUUGUAUAGUAAAAUUCACCACAUCACCAUUGUAGUCAAAAUGAAGUGAACUUUUAUCAGCAGUUUUUGGAAACCAUAGAGAUUUCAUUAAUGUGUGAUGUGCCAUAGAAAAUAAAACUAAUAGAAAAAUUGUU